AUGUUUCUGUACUUAAAUCUCAUGACAUUGCUCCUCCUGCAGCCGGUCAUUUCGAAGCCAAGGCUGCUCGAUACUGUGACUGCACCACCCAGAGAGUGUCUCACUUGCGAAGGAAACACCUCACAGAGUCAGCCAUCUGGAGAGUUAACUGCCACUGAUCUGUCUGUAGGAGCACCAUGUGGGGUCUAUACUCAGAGGUGCAUGCGUGGUUUGCGUUGCACACCUCCACUUAAUGACCCCCGGCCUCUCCGGGCCCUGCUGGAAGGCAGAGGCAUCUGCAGCAGCAGCACCAGCAGCAACAUCAGUCCGACUGAAAGAAUCCAGACUGUAGAUGUUGCAACUACCAAGUAUACAGAGGAGGCUCCGUGUCGUAAAUUGCUUACUUUGCUUGUCAAAGGUCUUGAUCUGCAUCUGUUUAAGUCACAUCAUGAUAUCUACAUGCCCAACUGUGACACACGUGGGUUCUUUAGAAAGAAGCAGUGUUGGUCAUCUCGAGGCAAGAUGCGUGGGAAAUGCUGGUGCGUGGAUGAGAAUGGGAUGCCAUUUCCAUCAUAUAUCAGACAGAAAAGUACCCUGACAUGUCCAAAUGCAUGA